CCAUGCUUUCCAUUUUCAGGACGGUGAACGCGGUUACCUGGAAGGCCUCGCCUCCCGUUACGCCGACCUAUUCAGUACGCACUACGUAGAUGUCCUUGGUCACCUGGAGGACCUCCGAAGGGCCGAAUGGGACUCGGCUAGGGCCCAGGGGAAACUGCCGCCCCAGUCGGAAACGACGCCCCUGGGCGGCAGUGCGGGCGGCCCGAACGCUGGGCAGCAAAACCAACAGGGGAUGACGAACAGCCAAUCGCAGCCGAUCUAUGUGCCCGGGAAAUACUCGCCGUCGAGUUGUUUAAGUGAUAAAGAAGAGGAUGAGAUCUAUGGUUUCGGAUAUGGAGUUUUCGCAGCACAGAUCGCCAGACAGCAACAGCAGAGGCUGUUGGGUCAGCAACAACAGCCACAACCAGUACAACAACAACUGCCACCUACUAGCCACCAGCCGCUUCUGUUCCAACAGCACCACAACUAUCAAACGUGUCUUAGUCCCAGAUCGGCCUAUUUCUACGAGUUUCCACCCAACGGUAUGUACUUUUAUUAA